ACCAAUUCUGAUUUUUGGUGUCAUGUUCUAUAGAAAACAAUGAAAACUCAUUAGAUAUAUAUAAGAAUGGAAGUCUACAAGCUUGAAGAGAUAUUUGCAGAAAAACUCACCGUUUCGCUCCGAAAUAAUCAUGGUGUCACAGUCCAAUUCAAAAUUAAGGAAAAAGAAGAGAAAGAAUCUAGAAUCAAAGGAAGAAUCAAGAAGAAGGAAAAUGCGAGGAGAAGGAAGGAAACCACUUAUAGUAUAUUUCCUCAGAUACCCUUAAACUUGAUACACUGAUAUUUUUAGACUCACAAACCAGUAAAAGUCCCUAAAAUAUCCUCAUUUACAAUUCGUGACAUUCUCGAAAAUGGGUCUAAUAGGCGUACUAGCUCAACUGCUUUUGUCAGUACUAGUGGGGGUAGCACUCGCAAAGGAUAAUGGAAGAUGGUUUUUUUAUAUCGUGGUGUUGUACGGUAAACAAUAAAGUCCCCUCAAUUAGCCUUUUUCCUUUUGCCCCUUACGUUUGUGUGCCAUAUCUUUGUUCUUAUUUGUAAGAAAAAUGUAUUAUUGUUUUGCCUUUUGAAUUAAUUUCAUUCUUUUUGUUGUACCGUGAGUUGAAAAGGUAAUUUUUUUUUUUUUUUCUCACGGCAAUCAAUUAUUGCAGCUACG